ACCUACCACUGAGAUUAAUUGAACAUAAACCUUGGUAGCCUAAUUGUCCUAGCCUUGGAUAAUGUUCCAUAAUAGGACGAUGAUUGGCCUUUACACAAAUCUGAGCCUCCUUCCAACAUCCGAGCUUAUUAAAUGAAUUUUGUAUGCUAUGUACAUACGUAUUGCUGCCAUUAUGGUAUUGUCAAUACAUAGAUGGCGAGAAUGAGAGAUAGAGAUGUAAAUUGGAGCCCAGAAGCUGAGGAACAACUGCUUAGACGUCUAGGUGAGUUCAAUUUAUUGAAGUCUGUCGGUACCACCCCUCACCGAGAUAAAUACACACAAUGGGCGGCGGAGCUAAGUGAGCAUUUUAUCGUCCCCUUAACUUGGGAUAAAGUCAAACAAAAAGCCAGUAGACUGAAGAAAAUGUUUGAUGCUGAGUUUCUACUUCGUACUGCCACCGGACUUGGAUGGGAUUCGAUUAAAAAGAAACCCACUUGCACUGACGAGUAUUGGCAACAAUUUAUCAGUAUCCAUCCUGAGGUUGAAAGGGCGAGGAGGAAGCCCUUGCUGGAUUACGAUUUAUAUUAUUGCGCGUUUGCCAAUACUCGGGCAAAUGGGGCCUUUGAGUAUGGUCAGGAUGAUGCUCCACCACAACAUAGGUCUGGCAGCCCCAUUGAGCGAGGAACAACCAGUUUCAAUGACGGUGACGAUGUUCCACUUACAGAUAGGAGAAAUGGCAUGCACAGAGAAAGCCGCGGACAACAUACACACUCACCAUCGCGAGUGGUACGUAGACGGUCAAGUCGUAGCUCUCGUAGGGCGUCACCUAGCUAUAUGGAGCUUGUUGUGGAUCUCCUCAUUAAUUUGAUAGAAACAAGCAGUCGGUCUCGAGGUAUAAAUGCAUCUGCGAACAUGUCGGUUCAAAUUGAAAACGUUCAGGAUCAAUGCAUGGAUUUAUUGGCAACGUUGGACAUCUCCCAAGAACAAUAUCUCUUCAUGUUCAACUUCAUGACUAUGGAGCCUAGAUGGCAGCGUCCAUUCCUUCACAUGCCAGAACACCAUCGGCUCGUGUGGAUUCAGCAGACUAUGGAGCAGUGUACAACCCAACAAGUUGCUCUUCCGCCACCACAAUAAACGCCUUCGGCCUCGUACUUUCAGCCGAACAUGCAAACGAACCCUACACCUGGCAACACAUUCGGCCAGUCCACUUCCCCAUUUCAACCAUUCAUGCCAUCGUUCUCGAGACCCAACUAUACAAUGCCACGUGGAAGGGAUGGUUCUUCGUAGCUGUGAUGAUGUUAUUUGAUUCGUUUUAUUUGUUAUGAACAGGCCCAUAGAGACUUGUCAAAAAUGUUAUGUUUAUGGUUCUAAUUCCUUUAUUGUUUUUCGUUAUUAGUACUAAUUGAGUAAUUCUUAUUAGGU